GCCGGGAAGGCGUGGCACGGGUUCCCGUUCCCCGCGGAACAAUGCGGUACAACGAGAAGGAGCUGCAGGCGCUGUCCCGGCAGCCGGCCGAGAUGGCGGCCGAGCUGGGCAUGAGGGGCCCCAAGAAGGGCAGCGUGCUGAAGCGGCGGCUGGUGAAGCUCGUGGUGAAUUUCCUCUUCUACUUCCGGACAGACGAGGCCGAGCCCGUCGGAGCCCUGCUGCUGGAGCGCUGCAGAGUCACCCGGGAGGAGCCCGGCACCUUCUCCAUCAGCUUCGUCGAGGACCCCGAGAGGAAGUAUCACUUCGAGUGCAGCAGCGAGGAGCAGUGUCAGGAGUGGAUGGAGGCUCUCCGUCGGGCCAGCUACGAGUUCAUGCGGAGAAGCCUCAUCUUCUACAGGAACGAAAUCCAGAAGGUGACAGGCAAGGACCCCCUGGAGCAGUUCGGCAUAUCCGAGGAGGCCAGGUUCCAGCUGAGUGGCUUACAGGCAUGAGUGCAGGGCAUGGUGGCUGGCGUGCAGCUGGGUGGGACUGGCCUUUGCCCAGCCCUGAGUCGCUUGGCCAUGCCUGGAUUUUUUUUUUUUUUUUUUUUUUUUUUUUGAGUCAGGGCCUGACUGUUGCCCAGGCCUGUGUGCAGUGGCGCCGUAGCUCACCGUGACCUUGACCUGGGCUCCAAUGAUCCUCUCGCCGCAGCUUCCCAAGUAGGCUGGGGCCACAGGCACGAGUCCCCACACCCAGCCUCACACCUGCAUUUUCGGUGGGACGUUUUUGGUUUGGAGACACCCAAAGCCCGAAGCCGGUGGCUGUGGGCAGGCGCUGUGUUUUGUGAAACUGCCCAGCAAGCUGCCCUCCUCGGGGCCCCAGGACCCACCAGACUGGCCUGGCACCUGGUGCUACGUGCUGCUCCCAGGACGUGUGCCCUCCCACGAUGCCCCGCCUGAGUUUUGUGCAUCCAGGGUCUGGUGGGCCCCCGGGCUCUGUGGCCCCUCCGCCCGCACAGAAUGAAUGUACAGGGCCAGAUGAAGCUGUGAAUGGUGUGGGGGCCAAGUUCCCCCCACCGGCUGUGAAUUCUCCUGCAGACAGGAGCCCCGGCUGUGGGCCUGGGGAAGUGCUUGUCCUGUUCAAAUAAAGGUACCUCUUUUUCGCA